CGCGGCUCGUGCCUGGAAGGCGCAGGCCAGUGGCUUCGGAAGCAGCAGCCGGCGCCGUCGGGGCGCCUCUGCCGUGGCGGAGGGCGCGGUGGUGAAGGCUCGGCCGGCUUCUUUGAGCUCGAAAGGCGCUUCGCAGCAUUUGGCGCGGGCCGAGAGCCGAGCCUGUGCGCCAGCCCCUGCGAGGCCCGCGAGGGUGGCCGACCCGCUGGACACGACCCUCGCCGAGAAGACGAGACGGUCCGAUCGGCGCUCGGCCUUGGGGCGGCAGGGCCCCCUCAAGAGGGCCCCAGCCCGGGAGGCGCUGAAGAUGGGAGGGGCUUUCCUGGAGCGCGCCCGCCCGUCUGAGCCGGUGGAUAGGGGGGCCAAGAUACUGUCGGCGCUAGAGAACCACGACAGCCAGCGGCUCGGGAAGCCCCGUCUGCCUCGCCUCCGCCGGGCCCUCAGGGCCUGGAGCCGAGACGGACCAGUCGGCAGCAGGGGCCCGUUGCCACUCGGGCUGUUGCCGGGCAUCCUCGGCGCGCUCUGCGUCCGCGGCCAUCGCGAGGAGGUGCUGGCGCUCGCCCCGAUGUUCUGCCGCUACCUGGGGCCGUCCGAGCUGGUCUCGAUCGUGGAGGGCGAUAUCUUGGAGCCCGCGAGGAGCGCGGGGCAGGCGCUCGCGUGCUGGAGCCUGCUGCUCCGCCCGUUCGAGAUGGAGGUGCCGACCGAGGUCGGGCAGUUCAACGACGCGCUCUCGCUGGGCAGCGUCUGGAUGUUCGGCUUCAGCCAGCGCCAGCUGCUGCGCCGCUUCCAGGCAGCCUGCCGCGCAGCGGGCUUGGGCUCGCUCAACCUUGAGAUGCGCCACCUGCGACGCGGCGGGGCGUCGAAGGACUUCCCGAUGAAGGCCGGGGAGAUUCUGGCGAUCAAGCAGAGGGGCAGGUGGGCCAACGACCGCUCGCUGCUCCGCUACAUGAGGGCCGGCCGAGCGCAGCGGCUGCGCAUGGCGCUCGCUCCCCGGGCCGACCGCUG